AUGCCGUCUCUUCUCUUUACAUGUUUUCUUGUCCAGUUACUCAUCCACCUCGUCAAUACUUUUGGUGCAGAUGCGAUCAAUAAUAUACUAUGGAAUCUCUACAAUAUGUUCCCAACACCAACAUCGCAGUCCGCGGGCGAGCAAAAGAAAUUGAAGCGAGAAUUCAUGAAAGUUCGUCAUGAAAUGAAUGCUACGAGUAGUCAAGAUGAAUUUGCCAAAUGGGCGAAAUUGCGCAGACAGCAUGACAAGUUAUUUGACCAGUUGGAGAAAUCCAAAUCCUCUCUCGAUUCCACCAAAUCUACUUUUGAUUCCUCGGUUUCUACACUCCGCUGGUUGGGCACGAAUGGUCUACGAAUGUUGUUACAAUUCUGGUUCUCAAAGCAAGCCAUGUUCUGGUUGCCCAAAGGAUGGUUCCCUUAUUACGCGGAGUGGUUGUUGAGUUUCCCCAGAGCACCACUGGGAAGCAUCAGUAUACAAGCAUGGACACUUGCAUGCGCAGCUGUGAUUUUGUUGGUCAGUGAUGCUUUGGUUGCAGUGGUCGCGUUAGUUUUGGGAACACAAACUGGUGCAAAGGCGAAGAAGAUGGAGGAGCCCAUGAAGGCUGGCGGCCAAGGUGCAGAGAAGCCUGGCAAGAAAGAGUUUAUCAAGUCCAUCGUAAUAUUCUUCGGACCAUUGAUUCUACCCAAAGCAAUCGGUUACUAUCGAUCGCAACGCGCAGCUCCUCAAGCCCACGGUCUUACAGUUCGAUCCGUUCCUCCAAAUGUAUCUCGCGCGCUCACGAUUCUCUUCAUAACCUCUCUCGCUUUCCUCAUCAAAACCUUCCCUACUUUUACCACCCCCUCGCUCUUCACACUCACCCAGUCUCGUCUACAAAUUCCAACCGAUGUCCUCUUUACCCGUCUCCAGACCUUACGCCCCACCGGUCUUACUCCCACCGACGAAAUCCUCAAAAAUGCAUUUACAAGUAAAGAGUCACGACUCUUGUAUCUAAAAUACGGUCCAGAUACCAUGAUAAACUGUCUCUUCUGCAACCCUGAAGAUCCUCCAUCUUACCUACUCUACUCGCUCGUGAGUAUCGUCAUACCACAUCUUUUUAAUCUCUGCGUUCUGGCUCUCGCUACCAGUACCCUCUUUAUUGGCAAAGAAGCAAACAUCUGGCGCGGAAAGGCUACCACUCUCGCUGGCGCAAUCGCCAUCCUCGAUAUCUAUUUCGUCACACAAUACAAACAUACGAAUAAUGCCACUGCGCUGAGACUUGAGGAAAUCGAUCACUUUUACUGGAAUAUGCAACUUUAUCGCAAUAUAGCAUUAGCAGCAUUAGAUGGGCUCGUCGGUUGGCUUCUCUAUUUAUCUUCUACAAACCGAGCAUUCCUCACUUCACCUACGACAGCGGAAAAAAUAGAAGCUGCAACGAGAAUUAUAGACCAGGCGAGAGGGAAAUUAAAUGGGGUAGCAUUAAUGCGUAACACGACGGUGAGAGAUAAAGAUCUGAGGGGGAAAGUAAACGAAUAUUGGGUGAGAGAAGCGAAUGUUAUGUCAGAGGUGUUAGAGACUAGGGAGGUAGUGGACGGUGUUAGAAACGCAUUGAAGGGGAGAGUUGAUCUGGUUGCGGUACAGAGGGAUGCGGAUGCCUUUGCGGAGGCUGUUCUUGGAGGUGUAGGGAAGGUGGUUAUGUAA